UCGUAUAAUGUAUUUAAAAUAUUUUGAUCAUUAUAAAAAAGUCGUCGUGAUACUGUAUAAAUUUUAUAUACAUUGUCAUUGAUUACAUAAUUCAUUAUUGUAAUUGUUAAAAACCGUGUACAUUUUAAAAAUAAUAUUACGCCCCAACACGAUAUAUCGAUCGAUCGUCAAGAUAUUUCAAUUCGAGAAUCGAUACGAUAAAAAGUUUAUUUCAAAUUAAAACCGCCGCGCCGCAUUCAGACAUCCCAACUGUUCAUUUUAGUUGUUCAUCACGAUCUUCGAUUUUUAUUAUUAAAAUGAUAUUUAUAACAAAUUUAAGUGUUUCUAGUUGAAAUCUAACGGCGACAAAAUCUUUCGUUAUGUGGUUUGUACUGUUGACUGUUUACAUCUUUGAAAUAUUGUGUAUCUUUGUAUUCGUAGUGUAUUGCGUAGUCGCGUUCCUUCUAGUAAUGGUAAGAAUAUUUUUCAUUCGUUGCAAUUGCGUAUACUUUGAACUAAUUAAUAAUAUUAUCGAUAAUACGACGAAGUAUCAAACUCGGACGGAGGAAUUAAGAAAAUGCGUCGUGUUUCAAAACGAAAACUUAGAAACGGAAUUCCCAGUCGAGGGUCACGAGAGCGUGGACGAUAAAUUGGAAGUGUUAACGGAAAAACUUACGGAGAAGGAACGUACGUUACAGCGAUCGCAUUGCGAAAUAAAAAAUGCGGAAAGGGUUCUGACCGAUUUGGAGAAGAAAACGUCGACUUGUCGAGACCGAUAUAGAUCGUUGAUGACCGAGUUGAAGAAGGACGUUCAAAAAACGGAGGAAGAGGUGAAAAUGUUACAAAAUCAAAUUUCGAGUUUGUCUGUUCGACGAGAGGUCCUUAGGAACGAAGCAAUAAAGCAACAAGAGGAGUAUCAGAAAAUGCUGAACAAUUUUACCAAGGAGCUAGAAAACAAAAAUGCAUUGUUUUCUUCGAGCAGCGAAAAGUCAAGACAUCCUCGCGUGAGUUCUCGCGCUUUACAAUGAAAAAUUUCACUGUAUCUCUAGAUGUGUAUACAUAUAGUGAUUUUUCAUUAACUGUUCGCAGUGUUGUUUUUCGUAUUAAAAGGCAAAAGAUUGGACGUUGUUCUAUCGAGGGUUGAGUUGGAUUGAACGAUCCAGGAGAUACUCGAUAUUUUCGAUCGAAUCGUAACUUUAUUAAAUAUUCAUAAUAUAUGUACAUACGAAUAAAUUAUGACACAAAAGUUUUCCAUGUUAAACUGUAUAAUGUAGAAUUAUGUUAAAAAAAGAAAAUGGACAUCAAUGUGAGCGCAACAUUUUUAAUUAAAUACGACGACGACAACAACAACAACAACAACAACAAUAGUAGUAAUAAUAAUAAUAAUAAUAAUAAUA